GGACUGACAGGAAGCGCCCGUCGCCAUUGGGCGCACGGCGUUGCUAGGGGCGUGGAAGCGACGUGUAAAAAUGGGAGCCGUAGCCGAGCGGUUUUCGUGGACUACCUUGAAAAUGCCGGAGAAGGAGACAAUGCUGGAAGGGUUUUUUAUUUUAACGCGACGAGGACUCUAAACCAGGCUUUGGGAGGAGAAGGAGGAGGAGGAGGGGGGACACACAAAAAAGCGAAAGAGAGAAAGACAGACAGUGUCAUGCCGUGUUCUGGGCUUGUUCUCACCCACGUUGCUCCUUUUGUCUUCUGGGAUUUCGGGCGCUUUUUGCUGAGGCGAGAAGAGAUUUAAAUACGUUUUUAAAAUUGCGUGUCGGCGGAAGACAGGAAGACCAGCAGCUGCGGCUGAAACAGGGCUCCCCGCUCUCGGUGAAAAGGCUUACUGGAGGAUAAGAAAAACCGGCCGUGGCGCAGAAAAUUUUUAUUUUGUUUCUGUUUUUUUUUUCUUCCAUGAGACGUUUUCUUUUUCUUUGGAGGAAGGGAAGCCUAUUAUUAUAUGUUGGGUUUUUCCUCCCCCUGAGUAUUUAGCCUUUGGUAUUGGGAGGGGGAAAAAAAAGGAUUUUUUUCCUCAUUUUUCCGAGCUCGGUAUGCACGUUUGAAACUCACAUUUCCUCGUCGUUGUUAAGGUCGUGCCUUUGUUUAGGUUCAUCUCGCCUUCAGCCGAGAAUCCGUCUUUUUUGCGAGCUAGCCAACUAUGCAGUCUCCCAUCCAGAUUUCGUGCAGCCCGUCUGAGACAAUCGCGGAGGCCACUUGAGCAAUAAUGAAUAAUACAAGCUUUUUUUUUUCUUCCUCUUAGCGCAUCCCAACUGUGCACUUUCAGCAGAGUAGAUGCGAAGCCGCUGAUAGGAAAUUAAAUUGGAGGUGGCCAUAAUAUCACAGGGGCCGAGGAAUUGCAUGGUAUGCUAUGUCCAGGUCGUCGUUUAUUAGGAAAUAAAUACAAUUUUGCCUUGGCUCGAACUGGAUGUAUACGGAAUUGAUAUAGUGAUACCCAUGCUAGCGAACUGCGUCAGUGCAACCCUGUGCUGCAGGUACUGUAUUGCCAUUGGAGAGCGAACAUGUUCAAGCCGUUCUGGGUACAUCCGAGAUAAAUGCUGAAAUUAUUAGCAGAAAUGGAAACCGGGGGCGAAUCCAGUACAGAUCCCCCGUUGGGACUUAAAUUCCCAUCUGUUCCCGGUUCCGAAUGUGAACUUCACAUGCAUAUUUAUGAAACCAGCAGUGACAGUAAUGUUAGUAACAUGGACACUACUGCAGUGCCGAGAGGUGGAAGCGAUCCCAGCGCCUACCCUCCGUCAAACUACCAGCGCAGCGCCCAUCAGAGGUUCAUCAGGCGAAGUUUGUGGUUCUCCGACUCCGACGAGCAGGCGUUUGACCCCCCGGAGGGCGAGAGCCGGUGCAAGGUCCUGAACAUCAACUUGCGCACCAUUGUGGGCCGGACGCUGGGCGCCCGGGGGGCCCUGCCGGAGGGCCCCAGCACCGAGGGCCAGGGCGCCCGCAAGGACAGCGCCACGGAGAGCGCCAGCGCGGACGAGGAGAGGGAGAAAGGCGAAGCCGGGCACAAGCGCGUCGCCCCGGCCCCGUGUGAGGACGCCAGGGGCCCGGGCAAGGCGGCCAGCGACGAGACCGAGGAGGAGGCCGAGAUGAAAGCGGUCUCCACGUCCCCCGGGGGCCGCUUCCUCAAGUUUGACAUCGAGCUGGGGAGGGGGUCUUUCAAGACGGUCUACAAGGGGCUGGACACGGACACCUGGGUGGAGGUGGCUUGGUGUGAACUUCAGGAUAGAAAACUCUCAAAGGUAGAGAGGCAGAGAUUCAAAGAAGAGGCAGAAAUGCUGAAGGGCUUGCAGCAUCCCAACAUUGUCCGGUUUUACGACUCCUGGGAAUCUUCACUGAAAGGAAAAAAGUGCAUAGUGUUGGUUACUGAACUGAUGACAUCAGGGACAUUAAAAACGUACUUGAAGAGGUUUAAAGUGAUGAAACCCAAGGUUUUGCGAAGUUGGUGUCGGCAGAUUUUAAAAGGCUUGCAUUUUCUACAUACCAGGACACCCCCCAUCAUUCACCGAGAUUUAAAAUGUGACAAUAUAUUCAUUACUGGACCCACUGGAUCUGUAAAAAUUGGUGAUCUUGGGCUUGCUACGUUAAAAAGAGCUUCUUUUGCCAAAAGCGUCAUAGGUACUCCUGAAUUUAUGGCCCCUGAAAUGUAUGAGGAACACUAUGAUGAAUCAGUGGAUGUGUAUGCCUUUGGAAUGUGCAUGCUGGAAAUGGCUACCUCAGAAUACCCUUACUCAGAGUGUCAAAAUGCUGCCCAGAUUUACCGCAAAGUCACAAGUGGUGUGAAACCAGCAAGCUACAACAAGGUUACAGAUCCAGAAAUCAAGGAAAUUAUCGGAGAAUGUAUCUGCCAAAAAAAGGAGGAAAGGUAUUCCAUAAAGGAUCUCCUUAAUCAUGCCUUCUUCGCUGAGGACACUGGGGUGAGGGUGGAACUUGCUGAGGAAGAUGAUGGCAAGAAGUCUUCGAUUGCUUUGAAGCUGUGGGUCGAAGAUCCGAAGAAGCUGAAAGGGAAAUACAAAGACAAUGGAGCCAUUGAGUUUAGUUAUGACUUGGAGAAGGAGGUCCCUGAGGAUGUUGCUCAGGAAAUGGUUGAAACGGGUUUCUUUCAUGAAAGCGAUGCUAAGAUUGUUGGAAAGUCGAUAAGGGACAGAGUGUCGCUGAUCAAGUGGAAAAGGGAAAGGACUAUCCCAGUGACGGAAAGUGAGGAGCAGAGCGACCGCGAGUGUGCAGAGAGCCAGAGGAGUCAGCUAGUGCAAUCGCAGAUCCCGGCCAGAGGGUUACCGUGUGCUGGCCAGCCCGUCCUCUUGGAACCAGAGGAACCCGAGUCCGACCAACACGCACGCCAUUGCAACUUGCCUGCCAGCGCCACAUCUGUAACAUCUGAUGGCACCUUUGACAGUGGCCUGGGCUCCACAGUGUAUUCCGACUCUCACAGCAGUCAGCAGAGCGUGAUCUACCAGACUCUUCUUGACCCCAUCUCCUCAGCUGGCCAGCAGCCUGGUCUAUCUGUGGCUCAGAGCACAGCUGCUGUCCUCCCACAACAGGGUCACCAAUCAUACCAGCAGCCAACACAGACAUUCGCAGUUGUCCAGUCAGCUGCAGGGCCCACUGUCCCACAGAGCCAAGCAGCCUCCACUCCUCAAGUCCAGCAGUUCCAAAGCUAUUUCUACACCGCAACAUUCCAGUCUCAGCCGUUCACGCCGGCACAGGGUCCCGACAUGCAGCCUGUGUGUCCCAGCCAGCCGGUCUUACAGCAUGUCCACCAGUUCCAAGCACAGCAGUCCCAGGAUCAGAGUCAACCGACCCACUCGCCGCCCCCACUCAAACCUCUACAGAUCUCCACAGCACCGCUUCCCCAGUAUGUUCAUAUCCCUCCCACGCAGUUCCCUCAGCAGUUUCCUGUUAUUCCAACAGCAACUCCUCUUGCUGGAUGUGAAUCUUUCCCUCCUCCUUCUCUUCCUUCUCACUCUGGCUUCCCCAGCACCAGCGCCCCCCCUGUGCCCACCUCUUACUUCUCUCCAGGACAAACAAUAGCAGCCCCUUCAGCGAACGCCACUGUCUCUCUUCCUGCCACUCAGAUAGCUCCCACCAUGCAGCCUGGGAUCCCAGCUCAGGCCCCCGGAUCUGUCGCCUUGCAAUGCCAAAGAGGGCCAGCUCCCAUGCACUUGCUUGCCAUGGCUGUCUCUGGCAUUUCAGUUUUGCAAGCUCAGCAGCCGAUAGCCCAGAUCGCCCAGCAGCAGGUUUAUCCUCCUGCUCUGCAGCAGAUUGUUAACCCAGAAGUCCCUCCUGUGCAGGCUACUCAUAUAGCACAGAGUGUUUCUCAGCAGCUUCCUUUGAGCCAGCAGGUGCUUCAGCCCAGCUUAAACCCACUGCCUGAGCCUGCUCUACUUGUUUCUGAGCCUUCUGGCCAGAUAAAUAUUGGACAAAUCCCAUCAAACUAUCCCUUAGAUUCCAGCUUACAGGUUGAAGCCCAAGUUCCAGCACCAGUCCAGUCUGCCCAGGCCCCUGUCCUGUCUCCACCUAUGAAGAUCUUGCUGGAAAUGGGACCUACAACAGCUGGCCUAGAGCAAGCACUGCAUCCCAUUAGCACUCAGGCAGCAGAUGCCUCUACAGUGUCCCAGCAAAGCAGAGACCGUGGACCUGUAGCAGAUGUUUGUAAAGAGGAAUCUACACCAGACAAACAGGUGCCUCUGCAGAGUUAUUGCUAUGAUAGUGUGAAUUCUGACGCCACUUCGGGCAAAGAGAUGAGCGAUGGCUGUGAAGGAGCCCAAAGCAGCGGGAAGCAGGAAGGCAAGUCGAGGAAGCAUCACAGGAGGUCGACACGAACACGCUCACGGCAGGAGAAGAUGAGCAAGCCCAAACUGACCAUUCUGAACGUCUGUAAUACAGGAGAUAAGAUGGUUGAAUGCCAGCUGGAGACGCACAAUCACAAAAUGGUGACGUUCAAGUUUGAUUUAGAUGGGGAUGCUCCUGAGGAAAUUGCAACCUACAUGGUGGAAAAUGAUUUCAUCUUGCAUGCGGAGAAGGAGAUCUUCAUUGAGCAGCUGAAAGAUAUCAUUGAUAAAGCAGAGGAUAUGCUGAGCGAAGAUACAGAAGGAGAGCGAAGCUCUGACCAGGGAACAAGCCCCCAGCAGGGCCAUGUAUCAGGACUAGAGCUGGGAGAGAAUGCAACAGCACAGCAGCCUCGUACCAACCAGCCAGUUUAUCAGCAGAAUGUACUUCAUACUGGCAAGAGGUGGUUUAUUAUUUGCCCAGUUGCUGAAACUCCCACAACUGAGGAAAAGGAGAAGUCGUCAGCAGUACUGACAUCAGCAGCACAGCCUGCUGCUUCUCAAGAGCCAGAAGCCCAGAUCAAUACCACAGCAGUGCCACUGUCCACAGUGGCAGCUCAGGGUUCCACUGAGGUCUGGGAUGGUCACAACAGCACACCCCCACCUUUCACUACAGGCGCUGCAGAUCGAGCAGUUCUUCCCUUGUCUGCUUCAGUAGUAUCCAAAGGUACCCAAAUUAAUGACCUAAAGAGCGAUGCAAGGGAGCUUGAAAUUCAGCAGACGCAGCUGACUACUGCUGAGGGACUUCCACGUGAAAUUCGGAGCUCCCUUUCAAAUGAUGAACCUUUCAGUGGUCAGCCCAGCACCAUGUCACCCAUUCAUACCGUCCAGCAAGUGACUGAAAUUGCAUGUGCUGCCUCCGUUGUUGCAGAUAUCCCCUGUUGUCCCAUCGUGCCACCUCUCUCUUUAGAUAUGACAGCUGUUCAAGCGGUGCCAUCUCCGCCCCUGUCGGCAAGGGACACCAGCCAUAUUUCAGACCUUCCAACCAGCCAGGCUGAAAAACCCCAGCAGCCUGUGGUACUGCAGCAGCCUUUUGCAACCUCCGUGCAGUCCUCAAUGGCAAAAUCGCCCUCUCAACCCCAGAGCCCAGCUCAAGCUCCCCAACAUUAUUUGCAGCAGCAAAUCUCAACACCUGGCCCGUCAUCCACCCAGCAAGCUUACCUGGUGGAAUCCGAUGGUGAAGGCCCUCGUCGAGUUGAAUUUGUUGACAACACGAUCAAGUCGCUAGAUGAAAAGCUGCGCAAUUUAUUGUAUCAAGAGUAUGUCCCUAUGUACCCGGCCAGUGGGACAUCUGAAACUCCUGGAUCUUGCACAGAGUAUAUUCACUCUCCGCCCAUUAUUGAAAACGCAGUGGUUGGAACUGAAACUUGCACGUCCAGCCUCAUGGGGAAUGGGGUCCCAACCAGUGAGCCUGUAAGCUGUGCUGUUCCCAGCCGAGUGUCUGCAUGGUCUGGAUUUGAGGAUCAGACUGUAUUAGAAAAAAAUGAAAUGAAAUCUCCAGUAGAGAGCGAAGAAAGUGGAAUUAAGAAACAGACUGACUCUGCAUCUAACAUACAAUCUAUUUCUGGAAACAGCCGAUUCCAGAUUAUCCCUACUCCUCCAGACAUUGUGAAAAAACUGGAACGAAACCGAAAGAGCAGAAGCACUUGUGCGUCCCCGAUACCUCCAAGUGCCAAGGGUGCUGACAAUUCCCAGGCGGCUGUGCUGGCAAAUGGGGAGUCUUAUUCGCUUCUUGAAAAGGAAGAUCUCGCAGAGCUGCGGUGCAGAGACAACCACAUCAAGUCCGAUGAGGUCUCCCCCGUGACGACCAUUGGCAGGUUCUCUGUGGUUAGCACCAAGGAUGAGGUCACUUUGAAGAUGCGCAGCAAUAGGUAUUCAGCACCACCAGACUUUUACCAGGAUGUGCCUCCUUCCAGCCCCAAGCUGAAGACGUCCGUCCCACGAGCUCAGACCGCAGUCCCUGUUGAUGUGACCAUCCACAACCACAUUUCUUCAGACUCUGGAGAGGAGAGUACUCCAUCUAAGAUACCCACCACUCCGCCUGCAAGUCUAGGUGACAACUCUGGUGGUGACUUAAUGAAGAAAGCUGUGGCUUUCCUGAGAAGAACUGGGAAAAGCAGUAGUAUCCAGAGUUCUGACUCUCCAAGCAGACAGGGUCCAAACGUCCCGACAAUAAACAUCUCAUCCUUCCGCUCCCACUCCUCCUACAUUAGCAGUGAUAAUGACUCCGAAUUUGAAGAUGCUGAUAUAAAAAAGGAGCUGCAGAAGCUGAGAGACAAGCACAUGAAGGAGAUCUCGGAACUGCAAGCUCUUCAGAGGGGGGAGAUUGAGCUCCUUUAUAAAAAGCUUGGGAAACCUUUGCCCCCAGCUGUGGGUUUCCUCCAUGCUGCGCCACCUACUGGCCGAAGACGCAAAGCCAGCAAGAGCAAGCUGAAGGCUGGGAAACUGCUUAACCCACUGGUUCAACAGCUGAAAAGUGCUACGAAUAACACGAGUGAGCCUGCUAUGAAUCCGCCUGCCUCUUCGGCUAAAGAGUCCAGUCUGGCAGACAGCACUGUCUUUUCCACGGCAAGCACUCUGCCUCCCUCAGCAUCUGUUAUUCCCGCAGCAGAACCUGUUCAGACACAGCAGCCCUGCUCAGUCAAGGGGUCGCUGUCCUCCGACAACAUCUACUGUGGCUUCCUCAGUGAAGGGACAGGGCCGCACAGUGGCCUUGGUCAAGGCUGGACGGUUUACCACCAAACGUCUGAGAGAGUGACCUAUAAAUCUAGUAGCAAACCUCGUACCAGAUUCCUCAGUGGACCUGUGUCUUUGUCCAUCUGGUCUACCCUGAAACGACUAUGUCUAGGCAAAGAGCGCAGUAGUAGGUCGUCUAACGGUGGCAGCGCAGCUGCGGGGGCGCAGAAUCCACAGCCGCAGGCCGUGCCAGCAGCCCCUCCGCAGCAGCUCGCCGGCCUGGCGCAGGCUCAGGCCAACAACAGCAACAACAAGAAGGGCACUUUCACGGACGACCUGCACAAGCUUGUGGAUGACUGGACCAAGGAGACCAUCGCGGCUGCCCACGCAAAGCCCUCCCUCAACCAGAUCAAGCAGAAGAGACAGUGGCACGACAUGGAUCCGAAACCCAAGCCAGCUAUACUGAAUGAGGUGAAAUAUCCAAGUGUACCUGGGACAAUGAAGUACCAGAUCCCCCUUUCGUGCCCCAUGACGGCUGCCCUGGCACCUGGAAUUCAACCAGCCUUGAAUGGCAAUACAAUUGCAGGGAUAAAGCCUAACUAUUUAAUGCCAGCCUGCCAGUUUGGAGGAGUGAUGCCAGCAUCCAUGUAUGGAAUACAGUGGCCCGGGAUAGCUGGGCCAGUGGGUCAAGUUGGAGUACUAGGUGCCCCAGGGGUGGUAGCAUUUCCUUCCAUUGGCAAUUCUGGUUUGCAAGUCUUUCCUGUGCCACUACAAAACCCCAUUUUGAGCCCGCCGAGCCCCAACAUGAGGACUACUUAGCUUCACUUUCUGUCAUGGUCCAUUGUUUCAAAAGCUUUACUCUGGAGUGUACUUGCUUAUAGAUAACACUUGUGCUGUUGGAUAUGGUUCUGCUGGCAACUGAUGUAGGGCUGAUUGAGCACAUAGCCAUACAUUGCAUCAUGCAAUCACUGUGAAACAUUUUCACAAAGAUUAAACGGUAGUUUGUUUUGGGCAAUUGUAGCUUCUCAACUAUUAUUAAGACACUUUAUUAAUUAUAUGCUUGUAUGUUAAAACACUAGCAACUGGAAAAAAAAUGUAUAGAUGUUUUGAAGAACUUGAACUUAUUCUUAGUUAAUUACCCUGCAAGAGUAUAGUGCCUUGAAUCAUGCUUUUCAGUUUCUGCUGGAAAGAGGUAUGUAAAUGUUUGAAAGAUUUUUUUUAACUUUUUUUGACAUUCUUUAGAAAUAAUUGGUUGUUUACAUUUAAAUGCCCUCUCAACACUGCACUAUAAAUGCUGUAGAUGUGUUUAUUUCGAUGUGGGGGAACAAACAACACUUUUUUUUUUAACAUUUCAGUUGCUGUCUCCACCUGAAACAGCAGACUUGCCUUUUGAUUUCCCAGCAGGGAUAUGUGGUUAUAAAAUUUCAGAACAUACACUUUCACCUGCUAGGUUGGUGCAACAUCCUGCAUGUUGUACUUAACAAAUGUACAGUCAGAAAUGAUUUGAAGAUAGUUAUAAAUUCUAGCUUUUUUUUUUAUUAACAGUGUUCCUUAUUCAUGGGAUCAAAUUUUGCGGGCACAAUUUAAAAGCUCAGUUCCAGAUAUCUGCAAUGUUUUGAAUGCUUUUUUUCUUUUUAAUAAAAGUUAUUUGCGCUAUUGUUGAAUCUACUGAAUGUUGCAGUAAUGUUCAGAUAUUAUAGUGGCCUUUUGUUAAGCCUUAGUAAAAAAAAUGGAUAUCUGGAGCUUCUUUCCACUCUAAGUUUAGAAUUUGAAAACUGAGCAGUUGCAUAAAAUAAAUGCAUUUACAGCUAUUACUUUAGGGCACUACUUUUGUUUCUUCAUCACUAUUUAUUAUUUUGGGAGCAGUGCAAUCACUAGUUUUUGAACACAGUAGUUAACUGUAUAAGUUAUUUAGCUUUGGUUUAAUGUACAUUAAAUUUUUCAAUGCUGCUAGUUUGACUUCCAUUUGUGUAGUUCCUCAAUUAGCGAAGAAUGCAAGGUGAAGGACACUGUCUGGCUGCAAACCCAAUAACACAUUUGCAUGACUUCAUGUACAAAAGGUCAGGAGGAAGCUAAUUCAAAAUACCAACUACUGGUAUUGAACAAAAAUUACACAAUGUAACUUCAUCAAAGCAUUGGUAAUAUUUUUUUUGUAAAUUUAUAAUGUGAAACAGUGUUAUCACUAUGUCAGAGCAAAUGUGAAUUGUGGUAUUUUUCUGGGGCUCUUACCAAUAAAGACAAACCUUUUUUUUCCUCUUCUUUCCAAUUGUCCUCAAACAUUUUAUUCAUUUGUCCUCUUAAUGUGAAUCUUAGGAAUGAUUUUUUUCUCAUUUUAAAACGUUGUACAGUACUACAUCUUUCUGUUAAUGUUCUUUAAAGUGAUUAGCUGAUGUAAAUGAAUCGGCUAAUCGUUAAACACUCUUUUGAAAUAGUUCUUGAUGGAGUUGGAAACUGGAGGCAAAACCACUACCAUUUUUUUUCUGCUGAUAUAAAAGCCGUUUCACUUUAUAGACAAAAUGGCACAAGAUCGUUAAUGAACUGUACAUGUGAAAUCGAUAUUUUUGCUUUUACGAUUUGUGUAUUGAAUCGAAAAAAUACUCUACAAAAAUAUUGGCACAGGUUUAAAAAUAACACUGUAGAAAGUAAAAUGUUUAGGCACACUUCUUAUUCUUUCAUGCAGUGAUGAUUUUAUACCACGUGCUGAAAGGCAGUGAUGUCUUGUUCUGCCAAGCUGUGAAUUGUAUAGUUCUACUGUAAUUAUAAGUGUUCUCUAUUUUUUUGUUCCUACCCUUUUAAUAUGUAUUAUUCCAUCAAUUCGGUUUGAAUUGGAUUUUUAUAGAAUAUUAUGCAGAAUCUUCUGCCUUGGCAAAUUUUCAGUAGUAAGAGAUUUCUGUUCUCGUUUGGUUUCUUUAUAUUCAUGUCAGUACGCUUCAUGAGCAGACACAAGAACCUAUUUUCAGAAACAUUGAUGCUUGCACUACAACUUGAUGUCAGGUUUGCUAUGGCCUGUUUAGUCCUCUUUCAUGAACUGACUCAGUCAGUGGCACUAACUCACAAAGAUUGUAAAUGUUUAAAGAAAGAAAUAAACAUAUUUUGUGCUUGACGAA